AUGCCCAGGUUACUACAGGCAAAGGCCGCCAAAGAGGCAAAGGCAGUCAAAGAGGCGGAGGAGACAGCCAAGGCUGACAGUACAAAUAGACAGCUGCGCUUGUAUCAGAUUGUAAUUGCUACUCUGGUUGCUGCUUGUUUCUACCACUUUUCUCAAGAAUAUGAAUCCUUAUUGGGGUUGACAGCGACGGAUGUUUUUCCGAGGAUCAGCAGAAGUGUGCAUCACGUUCCAACAACUAAUCAAAAUCAACUGGUCCAUGUCAUGUUUGGAUUAUCCGGUGAUCACGAUGGAUUCUUUGCCGAGUUUGAAGUGGUCUUGAAGAGCGUCUUGCUGAAUGCGCCUCAUCACGCUCCAAUGGAAGUCCACAUCAUGACGGAUCAAGCCGCGAACCAAAAGCUCACUCAAGAAGUAUGGCCUCGGCUGUUCCCCAACAGUACUCCAACAGCAUCACCCACUACUCAAACCACCAAUCAACUCUGGUAUACCAAUGUGACUCUCACAAACUACAAUGUGGAAUCUCAUUUGGAAGAAUGGCGGAAUCAACUUUACAACAAAACGCGGGGGAUUUUUGGCAGUUUGGACAACAUCCACACUGUCGGGGCGUACUUUCGACUCUUUGCCCAUAAAGUCAUUUCGUCUCAUUAUUAUUAUGACCACAACAACACACACAAAGUGGAUCGCGUCCUGUACAUGGAUACGGAUGUGGUGGUCAUGGCCAAUCUGGCCGUUGUCUUUCGAGAAGCACCGACUACAACAGAGUGGAUGUUGCAAAUAUCAUGGCUGUGUGAUGGAUUUGCGUUAAUACAUCUCCCCCAAAUGGAUCAUUUCUGGAAACUCAUUGAGAAAAUUGACAUGUCCAAACGCGACAAUCAGUUUCACGAUCAAGAUUUAGUCUUGGCCAUACAAGAAUCCAUUGAUGUCGACAAACCCGUCUCGCAACGGCAUAUUCAGAACAUGUCCAAACCAUGGGACUUGUACGUGACACGAGAUUGGCCCAUUCAAAAGCCGGCGGAUCUCUUUCGGUAUCGACCACAGUUGGGGGCUAUUCAUUACAAUGGUGGUGCUUCGGACAAGACGGCCUAUUUCACAAAGGGGCCCUUUAUCAAUGACGAAAUCGCACGACCCGGAUGGGGCAUUGCGGCCAAUUUCUUUCGAGAUUUGCCCUGGUCAUGGGCAUUCUAUAUGGGACAAUCCAGGGGUUACUACGAUUCCAAUACACAAAUUCGAUUGAUAUCCGCAUGA